UGCCCACUCCCAGCUCAAAUUCUCAAUCGACCCCAGCAAAUUGUCAAGUCAUUCUCCAGGAAACGAAGCCAAAGAAAAAAAAAAACGAAGCCAUGAAUAAUUUCGAUGCCGAUGACAUCCAGCAACACAUCCUGUCUGUUCUCGACUCGGCUCCGAUCCCUGACACACGGAAGCUGAGUUACCCGAAUGGAUCAGAAGCAGACGCCGAGAGUUCAUCCUCAGAAUAUCAACUAGCGAUCAAGAGUGCCUUGGACAGUUUGGUCGCAAAAGAGAUGGUCCUCUAUCAGACUCAUAACAUUGAAAACCAUGUACUGACUCCCGAGGGACAAGCCGUAGCAGCAUCUGGAAGUCAUGAAUAUCGUGUCUGGGAAGCGCUAGGAGAGGAAGGCUUACUGAUGCGCGAAUUGCAAAGCACGUUGGGUGAAGAUUCUGCUAAGAUCGGACAGGGGAAAGCGUUUCGGAAUAAGUGGAUCAAGAAGAGGUCCGAUGGUGGAUUCAUCCGAGCAAUGACUGCAGAUCAAAUCAUCGAUCAGACUAAGUUGGAUCUCGUCUCGAUCGAACAAACUGGUUCAUUACCCACCGAUGAUCCUAAAGGAUCUGGUAUGGCAGAUUAUCGUAAACGAAAGUUGUGCGAGAAACGAAAAUACCUUUAUUUCUCGAUCGAGAAAGGGCCGAAGUUUUCAACUGUCAUUGAGCGACCGGAGACUGAUCUAACAGUUGAACUCUUGACAUCCGGGAGAUGGAAGACGGCCACUUUCAAGCCCUACAAUUUCAACGCCGAAGGUGUCCCACCAAAUGCUGGGGCUCUGCAUCCCCUGAUGAAAGUCCGGGAAGAGUUUCGGAAUAUCUUCUUUGAAAUGGGAUUCACGGAAAUGCCGACAGAUAAGUAUAUCGAAACUUCCUUUUGGUGUUUUGAUUCUCUUUUCGUCCCUCAACAACAUCCAGCUCGUGAAUCCCAAGAUACCUUUUAUCUGAAAGACCCGGUGGCAUCGACUGAUUUCCCAGCCGAGUAUUAUGAGAAGGUUAAGAAGAUUCAUGAAUCAGGAGGCCACGGUUCGAUUGGUUAUCGAGCCCCGUUUCAAGAAUCAGAAACCGCUAAACUAGUCCUCCGUACACACACUACUUCAGUCUCGGCAAAUAUGCUCUACCAGAUUGCUCAGGAAUGUCAAAAAAAUCAGGAAGACUUCAAACCUAGUAAAUUGUUUAGCAUCGAUCGUGUGUUCAGAAAUGAGGCAGUCGAUGCUACCCAUCUCGCCGAGUUCCAUCAAGUCGAGGGUGUCGUCGCAGACAAAAAUAUCACUCUUGGAGAUCUAAUUGGAUUCAUGGAAGUCUUUUUCGCCAAAAUGGGUAUUCAUGACAUCAGGGUCAAACCGACCUACAAUCCUUACACAGAACCUUCAAUGGAAAUUUACUCUUGGCACAGCGGGUUGAAGAAAUGGGUUGAGAUCGGUAACUCCGGCCUCUUCCGUCCUGAAAUGCUCGAGCCAAUGGGUCUUCCACCUGAUGUCCGAGUAUUGGGAUGGGGCUUAUCACUCGAAAGACCAACGAUGAUCAAAUACGGUAUAUCAAACAUUCGAGAGCUGUUGGGACACAAGGUUUCGCUGGCCAGUGUCCAGAAAGCAGCGGCAGUGAGAUUUUGAUGCACAAGUGUGAUUCAGUUGAAUAUACCUCUUUCACCAUUGUUUAACAUCAACAUUUGCCAAGCAUAGCUAUUCUCCAGUACAUAACUUCAUUCAAACACUUGAAAUUCUCAUAACUUUUUGAAAACAUAAUGGCUUUGUAGACACUUGUCUCAAAACUUCCUUUUUUGUCCUGUCUUCUUUGUCAUCAUUUAUCAAAACAGAGAAAUAUGUUGAGACAGACAGGAGAGAUAAUGA